AUCACACUGUUAUUUCUGUGAUACCUUAUAUGACCAUGGGAUAAGGAAUUCUGCUGUUUGUUGGAGUUGUAUUCAUUUGGCACGAAAGUGGAUACAUUAUCGGACGUCGAAAUUCAAAUGUGAAAGCUUUUUAGGGAGCGAUCAGCUUUCAUGAUUUCAACAUACACGCUCGCACGUUAAAACAUAAAAUUGGAGAUUAUUUACGAGUGCAUGUUAUUGCUUCACUUUUGUUGGAACCACCAAACGGCGGACAAUUUGUCUGAAACUGUGUUCUAGUAAAACAUCACAUCUCUACAAAUCAGGUUCACUGCCACUGCAUGAUUUUGGUUCCUUCAAGUGGUGACAGUGAGAGUCUUAGGACAGAAAUGGAUGUAACAUCACGCAAGCGCAAAGCCAUUUCAACACAAGCUGCUUUAGAAAUUUUUGACAGUGAUGAUGAUACAAGUAGUGUGAGUAGUCCUCAUGAUGAUGCUUCUUCAAAAAAGUAUUCAAGGCAAAACCACAGUGAGAUUGAGAAGAGACGUCGUGAUAAAAUGAACAGUUACAUUACUGAGCUUUCUGGCAUGGUUCCAAUGUGUAACACAAUGUCCAGAAAACUAGAUAAAUUAACUGUUCUUAGGAUGGCAGUACAACACAUGAAAACUGUUAAAGGUGUGACUCCCACGAGUAAAGAUUCAAAUUACAAACCAUCUUUUUUAUCAGAUAUUGAGCUGAAACAUUUGAUUCUUGAGGCUGCAGAAGGUUUCUUAUUUGUUGUGACCUGUGAUCGUGGAAAGAUGUUGUAUUUAUCAGAAUCUGUCAAUCAGAUUCUAAAUAUAAACAGAGAGGAGCUGUUUGGGCUUAGUAUGUUUGAUUUAUUGCACCCAAAAGACAUCACAAAAGUGAAGGAACAGUUGUCAUCUUCUGAUCUACCUCCACGAGAAAGGUUGAUGGAUGCUAAAACUGGAUUGCCAAUGAGUUCAGAUUCCUUGCCAAAUCCUUCUUCCCAAUCUUCGACGGGAGCUCGCAGAUCGUUCUUCUGUCGAAUGAAAGCCGAUAGCAAAUACUCAAUAAAGAAGGAAACGCUGCAGGCAGAUCAAAGUUGUUCUAGAAUGAAACAGAAAUGGUCAGAUGGAG